CGGCGGCGGCGGGCCUGGCGGCCGGAGCAGGAGGCGAGGCGGGCGGGCACCUGCUGCUGCUGUCCCCGCCGAGGGGUGCGUGGCGCAGCGGGAGCCGGAGCAGCGGAGCCGGAGCCGAGAGCGCGGACCUGGCCGGAGCGGCAGCGUGAAUGAAAGUUUGGUCCGAAUUGCGCGCCGGGGACUCCAACCGUCAUGUUAAGAUAAAGCAGAAAGGAGCAGUGCUGAACAUGCUAAAGAGGUUAGACAAAAUAAGGUUCAGAGGUCACAAGAGAGAUGAGUUCCUCGAUUUAGCAGAGUCUCCUAACGCUUCCGACACUGAAUGUGGAGAUGAAAUUCCUAUGAAAAUACCUCGUACGGCAGGCAAAGACAGCGAUGAAUUGAGAGACCCUGCUGGUCCUGGGACCAUCAACAUGGCUUCGGGAGUCCAGGAUUACAACAGAACGGAGUCGGAUAGAUUAAAUGAGAUCAAAGGCCAUCUGGAAAUUGCCUUACUGGAAAAACACUUUCUACAGGAGGAGCUCAGGAAGUUGCGAGAAGAAACGAAUGCUGAAACAUUGAAACAAGAGCUGGAAAAAGAACGUCUACGAAGGAUAGAACUGGAGCAAAAAGUCAAUGAAAUACUUAAAACCAGAACAGAAGAAUCACCACCACCUCCACAACCCCCAAAAGCACAGACACAAGCCAACGGAACAGAUAAACGCAGCAACAUGAUGUGUUCACGGGUUCAAAAGUGGGUCUAUGACAAAUUUGGGGAAUAUAUUGAAGACUUCAGGUUUCAGCCCGAAGAAAACACUGUUGAAACAGAAGAACCACUUAGUGCUAGAAGGCUCACAGAAAAUAUGAGACGAUUAAAGAGAGGUGCCAAACCCGUCACAAAUUUUGUGAAGAAUCUUUCUGCCUUAUCAGACUGGUAUUCUAUCUAUACUUCUGCUAUUGCCUUUAUUAUCUACAUGAAUGCUGUAUGGCAUGGCUGGGCCAUUCCUAUGUUCUUAUUUUUAGCAAUUUUGAGGUUAUCCCUAAAUUACCUCAUAGCCAGAGGGUGGAGAAUACAGUGGAGUAUUGUGCCUGAAGUUUCUGAGCCCAUUGAACCUCCAAAGGAAGAUCUAACAGUGUCAGAAAAAUUCCAGCUUGUUCUGGACGUGGCACAAAAAGCACAGAAUUUGUUUGGCAAAAUGUCAGACAUACUGGAAAAAAUCAAAAACUUGUUUAUGUGGGUGCAGCCUGAAGUUACGCAAAAGCUGUACAUUGCUCUGUGGGCGGCGUUUAUAGCAUCCUGCUGUAUUCCGUACAGGAUCAUCGGCCUUUCAAUGGGACUUUAUGCAGGAAUCAAAUUUUUCCUUAUCGACUUUGUCUUCAAGCGGUGCCCGAGGCUACGAGCGAAGUACGAUACCCCUUAUAUCAUAUGGUUAAACUUGCCCACAGAUCCCCAGCUCAAAGAGAGAGCUAAUGCUACAGUAUCAAGACGGCUGUCAGGGCAUGAAAAGCUUCAAACGGCAACGUCACGAAGUUGCGUGGGCUCAAGCGCCCCGACGGGAGUAAACAGAGAUGAAGACAGCAGCCGAUUUCACACCACCAAGAGAGGCAACUUCUAUGAAGUAUUUAAUCUGUCGGAAAACGAACGUCCUUUGUCAGUGUGUGAGAAUGGCUGGCGCUGCUGCUUAAUUAACAGAGACAGGAAGAUGCCCACAGACUACAUUAGAAAUGGAGUGCUUUACGUCACAGAAAAUUAUUUGUGCUUUGAAAGUUCCAAAUCUGGUUCAUCUAAAAGAAAUAAAGUUAUAAAAUUGACAGAUAUUACAGAUAUUCAAAAGUACAAAGUGCUUUCCGUCCUUCCCGGAUCCGGAAUGGGGAUUGCAGUAUCAACGCCGUCUACGCAAAAACCUUUGGUGUUUGGUGCCAUGGUACACAGAGACGAAGCUUUCGAGACGAUUUUCAACCAGUAUAUCAAGAUAACUUCUGCAGCAUCCACCAGCGAAAGCUAGUAGAUCACCGUGGGUUCUCCUGGGGAGACGUCUAUUAAUUUUACUCACUCGGUAGUGAAUAAAAAGGUGGAACAUCCUUCAUCGGUUCUGCAAUAAUUUUCUUUGAUGCAUAUGUCUUACGUUACACACAAGUGUAUUUUAUAUACGCCUUCCAUGUCUUUGUUUUUUAAAAAAAGCUUUUGUAAAAAACAGAAAAAUAAAAAACACGGCGAAAGUGCUAUCAUCACUAUUAGCCUUGCACAUCAAGCACUUUUAAUGUUUAUUUUACGGACAUUAAAAAGCUUAGGAAGAUCCUUGGCAAAGCUAGCUCGAGGGGCACGCCAUAGAAGCUGGCUUGCGCCACCCCGAAAACCCAGGGUGUGAUGGUACAAUCUCUGCAACGGGUUCUGCGCACAGUCCAAUUAUUAUUGAUUUCAGUAAUGCCACGUAACUGGGUGCAGAAUGGCAGCCUGACUUUGCAAAACGUAUUAACUGCGUGUUUUUGGGAGCCCUGAUAAACGAAUUCUGGAGAGCUUUUGAUAAAUAUAAAUAAUAUUAUUCGAGCAUAUGGAAUACCUGUAGUUAUAUGUCUGAGCAAACUUUCUUGCUAUGACCCCUGUACCUUAUCAAAGAAUUCCCAUCUUUUGGAGUCCUUUGUGCUGAGAAAUAAUAAUAAUGUCUCACAGUGAGAGUUGGCCUGCUCUUUCAUCCCCUGAUAAGAUAAACCAGAGGAAGCCACUGUUUUCAA